AUGAACUUGACAUCAGAAGAAUCAGAAAAAAGAGUUGGAUUUGGUAAAGAACGUUAUGAAGAAAAGACAUUUCAAGAAAAAGUUAAAGAAACUUUUAAUUUAUUGAAAGAUCCAACGUGGAAGGUAUUGGAUGCAACCAAGACAGUUUAUGAUCUUCGUAAUGAAAUUAAAGACUUAUCCUUGGAAACGAUUCAGAAAUGCAAUUACUUACAAUUAAAAGAAGAUUUGUGGAAAGAGUGUUCUUAA